UUUCAUACGUAACAUGGCGUAGGGCCUUGAUGAGAGAAUUGUUUACAGAACUUGAAACUGUUGUAUGUCUGAAGAUAAAUUGGUAGUUUAUUGACGACUAUGAUCAAUGUAUUUUUAUUUAUCUACACUUCGUUCAUAUGAGUGCAAUAAUUGGUAUUACGUAGUUAAGUUCUUUUGGUGGUAUUACUCAUUUCCCCCGACGUCGGUGUUUUGCCGGAUGUAUACGCGCAUACAUAUCUUGAAAGUAGUCCCACAAGGCGCAGUGGAUUCAUUGAUCAGUGUGGUGUGGUGUGAGUGGGUUCACUGUGCUAUUAAAAUUGAUAGUUUUGUGUAUCAAGACGUCGUGAAGUCGAAUCAGUUCGACAUAUUUCAGUGUGGUGAUGCAUUUAAGGAUAUAUUUUAUUCUGCUCAGCACGUUCCUGCUAGGAUACACAAAUGCUGAAGAGACCAGCAGUCCGUACUGGUCACGAGAUGACAUAUACAUCGAUGAUGAUGGCAACCUGGAGGGUUCGGGUGGAGGUCAGCGGGAGGUGAAGGAUGACCUGGAGUCUAGUGGGUCAGGGUUUGGUCCUGACGAUGAAGAUGCAGAAUCUGGUUCAGUUAUAGAUGCUGUCCCAACGCCGAAGCUACCAAUAAUAGAGACACACCUAAAUAAAAUUGAAGAGACACAUGUGGAAUCUGUUCCUCCAUCAACACCAGUAGAAGGCAGUGACAAUACAGCGCGUGUGGUCCCACCACCAGACGAAGAGAACGGAGAUAAAACUGAGGGUAACGACGUGUACAUCAUGAACACCAAAACAGAAGAAAGAGCAACAUCAUUCUUUGCGCAACCAGGAAUACUUGCAGCGGUGAUUGGUGGUGCAGUGGUUGGUCUUCUCUGUGCCAUAUUGGUGGUCAUGUUCAUUGUGUACCGGAUGCGCAAGAAGGAUGAAGGCUCAUAUGCUCUGGAUGAACCAAAACGAUCUCCAACUGUCAAUUCAUAUACGAAAAAUUCAAAUCGUGAAUUCUUUGCCUGAAGAGGGCAGUAAAAAUGAAGCGAUUCUUGAAAUAGAAUAGCUAAGAACAAAAUCAAUAGAAGUUUUCAUUGAAUGAAAGCCACGAAUGUUGUAACAACUACAAAGUGAAAAAGAAGCAAAUGACAGGUGAAGGAAAUGGUGUAGCAAGUUUACUGAAGAUAAAGGAAACAAUCUUGGAACUGAGAAUCACUAAUAGGAUUUUUUAUUUAAAUGAAUUUUAUAUUAAUGUAGGAAAGGACGUGUAUGUUGGUAAUGAAUAAGGUAGCCUGUCCAAACCUGAUCUGGGUGUAGAUUGGAAUCUGUGGAAACUUGAACGCCUUUGUUCUUAGACAAAAAUACAAAAUUGUAAAAUUGAUAAAGUGAUCUUGGAGUCAAACUUAAUAUUUGGCAUGUUUUAAGGAUUGGAGGAUUCUGUACCACAGUGAAUUUUAUUUAUGAAAUCCAGUGGCAAAUGACACAUUUAAUUGUUUAUAUUUGAAGUGGAGGUGAUUAAACUUUGGACUGUGACUUCCACAGCUGUAUAGUCUCCAAGUGUGCUGUAACAAUUUUUACCCCGACAUAGCCUUACAGUUGGUAAUGAUCACCAUCUGCAUUACAACUUCAAGGAAUUGGUUGCUGUUUCAUGAGUAUAAAAAAUUCUUUUCCAUAUUGAAUAGUGUAGCUGUAAUACAAAGGCAUCACAUUACUUCUACAUUGUUACUGUCUCUAACAAUUCUGGUAUUUUGUAUGUGUUAAUCUUAUUUGUACAAUUUUCUGUGUGAAUUUUGUUUUAUCAUUGCUUUCAUACAUGCUGGAACCAUUUACACUCUUAACUUAAGUGUGUCAUAAGAAGUUUAAACACCUGGCUUGGUCAUAAUUCACUUGUUUGAAAACAGUAAUAAGCAUGAGGGGAGCAGAAUAAUCAUCAGACUUGUCCCUUGAGCAUGUGUCUAAGAGGAGAUUAAAAUGUUUUAAAUGUUUUGGUAACGCAUUGCAGUCAAAGUAGAAGCUCUGAUGAAGCAACUUGGAGCAAGAUGAUUUUAAGGUGCACAAAGCUUUUAUACAAAAGAAGACCAUGUUCCAACAUGUUAAAAAAAAGAGUUGGAGGGGAAAAAUUGUUUUUUCUUUGUUACUGUUAUUCCAAUUAAAAUUUUUCUCCUCUGAUAAAGAAAGUCUUGGAAAAGUGAUGUGUUUUGUAUUUACAUAAAUAUGAUUUUGAUGCUCUUAAAAAUACUUAUUGAAAUGUUUUAAGUUCUAACAUGGAUUACAAACAAAAGUAAAAGUUCUAUAAAUUGGUUGUAUUUGUGUUCCCAUAAGUUUUGAUGGUUGGUUAAAUGUUCACGAUUCCAGCCAUUGGUGUUACAUUUAACCAAUCAAUCCCUUUUAUUACUACUAUCUUCAGAGAUGAAAGGCUGCAAGUUGAAUUGUUGUAUGGAGCGAAUACUAUAGUGUUGGGAAUCCUGUGUGUUUUUAGUGUUAAGUGGUGUUUUAUAAACAUUUUUGUUGUUGUCAUAAUAUGAAAAGAAAUUAUGUAAUGUGUAAUUAUGGUAUAUGAAUGAACUUAGCUGGCAAACAUCAGGGUUAGAACAAUGGGAUAAGUUUGAGGAUACAUGUGGCCAUAUAAUAUAAAUGAAAUGCUUUGCAGGAUGAGUGAAUUUUUAACAGCCUUGCCAUCACAUUUGUAAGUUAUAUAUAUCUUCUCUCUUCAUUUUAUUCUUCUCGUCCAGUACCGAUGGUGUAAGCAUGAAUGAUUGGUGGAAAUUUAAGAUUGUUUUUGGGCAUGUUGAAAUUUGUCUUAAGCCAUGUGACCGUUAAUGGAACGUAAGCAGGAAAUAAAGCAGAUUGAUUAAAAUGUUAAUAUCCAUGUAAUACUAUUUUAAAUUGUUACACUAGUGAUAAAAGGAACAGUAUGUAGGAAGCUAUUAUUACUUCAGUCACCAGGAUAUCUGUGUUGAUGUAGUGUGCAAUUUGUUUUGUUUCUGUGCUUGUAAAUUUUGAAAUGUAGCAAGAGUUGUUACAUUCUUACAAUUAUCAGACUGUCAUUUCUCAUCUCUUUGCAAGAUAAAAAAGAACAUAAAUGGUAAGUAUGAUGAAUAAACAGUUUCUUAUAAAAUAUUACCAUUUACAUCUGUCAAUUUUUAUAUAUUUAAAUUAUGGUUAGAUUGCACUGCAUUCCAGACACAGAACACAGAUUGACCAAGAAAAUGUACAAAGAUGAGCUUUAAUGCUGCUCAGUACCAGGUGUGUUGUUUCAAAAUAACCUUAGGAUUAUGAUUUUGAAAGUUUUUUGUGCGGAAUUUGUGGUUUAAGGGAAAAAAGGAGAUGAAGAGUUAACUCAUGAUUUUUGUUAUGAGUUAUAAAGAGUAGCAACAUAAAAUGUAUUUGUUUUUGGAAAGUUACAGUCUUUUGUUGUACAUAAACUUAUACAGGCCCUUCCUGAGUUACGCAAGACUCGACCUACACAAAUAUGACUUUAUAUAAAAGCCUCUGAAAGUAAAUAAAUUAUUAACUAUUUAUUUCGAGAUUUUUUAAAUAAAAUUAUUUACUGUGUGCAUCAAUUUAUGUUUAAUAAUCUUUUACUUUGAAUGAAGUUAUGUCGAGUACAUGUCAAUGUUACAGUAUUUUUACUGCUUGUAGAGUACCACUGAAGUGUUUAAUAUGACAAACAUUCAUACUUAUGGUCAUUUCUAACAUAAGUAAAAUUAAUAUAAGGGUUUGUGGAACCGAAAACUUGCGUAAGUUGGGAACUGUAUGUAUACUGUGUAUAUAAAUUGAUAGUAAUGUGCCAGUCACAUUUCAGUUUUACUCUUCGCCUGUGUAUUGUUUGGUAGACAGUACAUGCUUUUACUGCCCAAUCCAGCAUGGAAUCUCAUGCUAAUUGCCACAUGAACAAUUGACGACUAUGACAAUGCUGGCACUAAAGGCUAGCUGCUGACAGCUUCUCUGUGAUGGUAUAAAUAUGCAAGAAUUAUACCACAGUACGUGAACGACUGAUGGAAAAUUUUUGAUGAGAUUUCAGGUUCUCAUGGCAGUGAGUAUGAAGAUGAAUGUCUUCUGGGAUGUUGUGCUGUAUAAUCUCUGAUGUAACAGAGAUGUUUGGUGCCUCCAUCAUCCCCAUUUAUUGCCGUGAUGAUGGAGGCAUUGAGCAGCUCUGAAGUAUCAGUAAACUUCUACCAGGCUACACAGUGCGAAUUCCCAGAAGACAGACAUCUUCAAAAUAUUUGAGUUUGCAUGAGGUAUCUUCUUCCCAUUUUAAUAGUAGUUAAUAAUAGUUCUUGAGCAUAAACUUAACUUUUAUUUGGAAUGUGUCAUGGCAUAUGCACAGUCCAACUGGACUAUGGUAGCAUGCCACUAAACCGUUGACUAGCAGAGUUGGAGUCAGUCUGGCAAUAAAGUUGUCCUGGUAUAUUCAAUUGUGGCACUGGCGGACAGAGAACUUAUAAGUAACUGCAGUAGAUGCCUCAUAAUUGCUAAAACUGACAGUCUGCUCACCAAAUCAAGUUGUACAAUGAAGGGAAUCUCAUAGUGGUUCUUUCUGUGAAUGGAGGCCAGUGAAAUCAAUAGAUAGAAUUAUGUUUACAAUGUGGAAGUUGAAAUUAAUGUUUUUACGCAAUGUAAUACCACUAAAUUUAUGUUCCUUGUGCAUGGUGCAAUCAGUUUGUCUUGGUUAACAUGAUAAUAAUUUACAGUGCCCAAUCUUGACUCUAUUGAGUGGUGUUACAAUCAGUUCUAACCUGUGGAUAAUAUUCAAGUUUGGCAUGUUAUAAUAAUAAACAGCCAGACCAGAUAUCCUUAUCAGUUACAUUUUUAUUUAAUUAUCCAACUGAAAACUUGCAUUAUGUGGUUUUAUGGCAGUUGUGUAGUAUGAAUCAUGAAUUUCUACCAACUGAGGAGAUGGUAUUUCACAAAUCAGUAUUGACAAGCUGCAGUUGAACUAAAGAGUCACACGUUUUCUUGUAUCAUAAUACAAAUUGGCAUUUUGAAAUACUGGACAACAAUAUAUUUCAUAAUAGCUUCAUGGGAUUGGUUUAAAUUCUUUACAACAUUAGUCUGUUAAGAAUCAGAGAAAUGUGAUGAUGACAUGAGGAUUCCAGUCAUCUAGCUUGGCUUAUUUGAAAUACAAGAAACAGCACAUUUCCAAAUACAGUUUUUUACUUAAAGAUAACCAUCUUCAUACUCGCUAUCAUGAGAACCUCAAAUCCUACACAGUUUUGUACUUCAUCAAACCUUCAUAUUAAGUCUUUAAGUAUCUAUAUGUACUGCAGUGUAACCCUUUUCUGCUAGUUCUCUGAAUGUGAUUUAUUUCCAUAAUUUGCAGUUAUACAUAUACCUCAAUAUGUUUUGUACAAUAAUGAUUGCACAAACAAGAGAUUUAUUCAUUCAUUGUCUAGCUCAUGGAACCUAAAGCCUGAAGGAAUUAUUGUUGUUACAAGAAAGCAUUUAGUCACUGUUUGAAACAUAAUUGGAUUUUGGUCCCAGUAAGUCUCUCCUUAAAAGCUAGCAAUGACUGGGGGUUUGUCGUGCUGACCACACGUCACCCUAUAUCUGGUUGGAUGAUCGUUCACCUCUGCUUAGGCAUGUGAACGUGAGACCAGCAGUCAAGCUAGUCGGCUUUGGCUGUCUGGAGCUGUUACACCACAGAUUUUAAAAUCUCUCCUUAAGUUUUAUUAACGUAUGAUACAUUUUGAAUAAUGUAUGAAGUUUCAAUAUGCUUCUGCCUAAAGAGACCAGGUUAGUGACAUUCUGAACUGACUGAGACACAGGCAGGGGAUAAUAUCAAGGAAAAGGAUACAAUAUGUUGUAAUUUCUGAGUGGGCUAUUUUUAUUUGAAUGAUGUGUUUCUCUGUGCUGUGGAAUAGAAUCUUUUAUUUUCACAGACAAAAUGAGAGAGAAGGAAAGAAGUGAACAAACGCAGAGAAACUAACAUUUUGAAGGAUAACUCGAUUAAGUCCUCACUGUCUAAACUGUGAAACUAGACACGUGGGUAGUUGUGCAGCAUAAUCUCUGUGUUUUGUUUAAGUGGAGUUAGUAAAAACAAUAUUUCAAAAAAUUGGGUCAUAUGAAGAUACUAAAUUGGGAUAUAUUGUCAUGUGCAUUUUAUAUGAUUCCUUUGCAGAUUGCUUGUUCAAAUCUGACAGUAACAGCUUCAAUGCUGACAGUGGAGAAUGAAACUAUGAAUAAAUUAAUACUUUAAAGUAAAUAUCUGAAUAUUGUGAACUGCAUAUCAACACUAUAACCAAAUUAAUAUAUACAAGGAGGCUCAUACCUUUGUGUACUACUUUGUUACCUCCUGUACACAGAGUGAUGGGCUGUUUUUCUCAGAUAAAAUUGUACCAUGCAAUGCAAUGGGGGUUCUGCCCAUUCUCAAAAUAUAAUUUAAACCACUUUACCUACCUGAGAUUAAGAAACAAUUCAAGGUGGUGUGCUCCAACAUUCAAGGACAUUACUUCACGCUGACGUAAAAAGAUUUGUGGCACACAGAAGUUUAGCUUCCAUGAUUUCAACCUUUGUGUGCAGUGUAUUGAUAUAUAAAAUCAUGCAUACAAACAAAACACUUAAAUAACACUUUGGCACUUCUGCAAUGUAUGCUAGUGCACUAUACUAAUCAUUAUAUGCAAAAAUGAUUCUCAACAAGACACUCACAUUAAUUAAUGUUGUAACUCACUGUGGUUGGACACCACAAAUACAAAGAAUACUCACAGCUAGCUGAUUGCAAGAACAAAUUUGUUGAUUCAAAACAAUAAAUUCUUGGGUUAAUGCAUGACAUAUACCUUCAUGUUCCCCAAAUCUGAACAUGUAUGACUUACCUCUGAGAAACACAAAAAUGCUACAGAAAUAAUUUACAUACUUGGAUGGUGUACAGAUGAAAAUCAGGUUUGCUAGACUUUGUUGUCUUUGUGUCAAAAGAACUCAGAUGUCGGAGGAUACCAUUUUCAGUGAUAUUGUAAUAUCAGAAAAGUAUUACAAAUUUUCUGAAAACAUUUUUCAAACAUGGGUACAGCCUCCACUUAGAUCAUAUGGCAGCAUGUCACAUCUUAUAAGAGAGAAGCUGCCCACAAUCCAGUGUCUUACUAUAUGAGCAGGUGGUAAUAAUUAUGGGAUUUGAGGUUCUCACAAUGGUGAAGAUGUUCUGGGUCAUGAUGCUGUCUGCACUAGUAGGUAGAUACCAGCAUUUCAGAGAAACAUACUGACCCCAUCUUCAGGCCUGAAGAACAGGUGGUAAUAAGGCCAUAAGUGAAGGAAUUAACAUCUCUGUACAUUUUAUGUGUCUUUUCCUUGCCUGUGGUGGGAUCCAUAUUAUUGCAAAGUUUUUAUUUCUGGGCCAAAUGUAACAGUAACUUCAGGCAGGUGGAACUAUGGAAACAUUUCUAAAUCUUGCAGAAGUGAUUGCUGAUGACACCUGGUAUUUUUCUUGUAAUAAAUUAUUGUAAUCACAUAUUUAGGAACAAGGGAAUGUCCAUGUUUAAAACAGUUUUUUAUAAAUGACUAGCUAUAUAAAUUUAAGUCUUCUCUUACUCAAAUUGUAUGUUCUGCACCAUGCUAUAUAGUACAGUGCCAUACCAGUAUGUUUUUAUGUUGAAACACAAGUAGAUUUAAUUUAUCAUUGAUAAAUUAAACUGCUCUUAAAUUACCUCAACUGUUCCAUGUUGUAAUUCUGACCUGCUGGCUUGUUCUUCACAUAUCUGUUGCUGUCUUAAAAUAUGUAUGCUAAGAAUUGAUUAGUAAAAUAUAGUAAUGUCUGUGAAAGUGGGAGUGAAUAAAUGAGCAACAUUAACUGAGUGUGUGAAUGAUUAUGGUACUGAGCAAUACCUGGUAGCUUUGUCAUUCCUUGAUUUUGUUCACUCGUGUGCAACCUACAGCUUCUGAUAUAUUCAUCUUCAAGAAGGUUGUAAACUCAAUGGAACAUUUAUAUUUAUGUGUAGAUUUGUUUUUGUAUCCAUUAUUUACAUGAAAUAUUGCAUAUAAAUAUAUAAACCACUGUACAUUAUUUCUAAAUGAAUUUAUUUGAAAUAUAUUUCUGCUUAUAUUUUGACCACAGAAAUAUGAACUUACAAAAAAUAUUUGCCAUCAACCAUAUUGAAUAAAAUGUAAUAAAAGUUGUGUAAAUUAAAGAAAACACUGUCGUCCAAUGUUUAAUGUUUCUGAAAAAGUUUACAUACAUAUAUAUCUAUGCCUUGUACUGCCAUCUAGAAACAAGUGGUUCAUGUGUGCACGCAUAUGUGUGCGUGCACUCACGUGUACAUGUUUUGAGUGAAUGUUUCAUUUUUAUUUGUUUUUACCCCAAACAAAACAACAUUUGUCUCAACUGAAUGAAUGUUAUAUACAUUAAUGUGUUUACAGAGAGCUGACUUUUGUACACAGCUUUCAUAUAAUCUUCACUGUCCUUCAGAAUUUAUUCAGUUAAAUUUUUAUUUUAUUUCAAGAUUAAUAUUAAGCUCGAGAAUAUCAGGACUUACAGAAGAAUGGGCAUCAUAUUUAAUACUCAUGCAUUAAGGUAACUUGGUCAGCACUCAGGCAUGCAACAUGAUGAACAGUCUGAGUUCAGUUCCCAGCAGGGGCAGGAAAUUUUCUGUUUGCCACUACAUCGAGACUAGUUCUGGGGCUCACCCACCAUCUACUGCCAUCUGUAUAUUUUCAGAUGUGGUGCUUAAUUAAGCACACUGAAAAAUUUACAUUUAAAUAAUGGUAACAUUUUUAUAAAAUAUGUAUAUCGAUGCAUUUUUUGGUGCUCUAUAAUCAGCACACAAUCUAUGUGUUCUACAAAGAUACCUCUAGUAAUGUCCCACUACCUGCUGGCAUUCAAUUAGAGGAGAAUGUUAGUGAUUUAAACACUGCAAUAUUCAUUACUAUUCCCUUCAGAUGACGGUAAAUUAAGCAAGAUUUUAAGAAAUCAGUGUAGUGUUUUAUCUAAUUAAGAUGACUAGGAAACGCAUGACAUUUACGAUAAAUGAGGUAUGCAAUUAUGAAUGAACUUAGAAUUUGCCACUUUAUUAAUGAUUUAUUAAUAAUUUUGAAGUGUAACAUGUUAGGAAUAUGAAAGUUGUGUAACAAAAGCUGUUUUUACAAUGCUUGCUAUGGUUCAGUGUCAUUUUUAUGAAGCAUGACUGGCAGUAGCUGUGUGAUACUACAGUACACAUUAUUAUGAUAUUGAAAUUAAAUUGCCAAUCUGAGCUUCAAUUUCAUUUCUUUAUUACCUUAAAUGUUAAGAAUAUUAUGCACUUUUAAAAGAACAAAGAUUAAUGUUUGUACUGAUAACAUAACAAGAGUUAAAUUUAAAAGGUAGUGAAUGACACUGGACUGUCAGUACAAAUGCAGAGUGCUACCCAUCCCAAUCCUAUCCCAGUUUUCCAUAGCCCCAGUUGAACUUGUCAUUUCCAUACCUUGUUAUUCAAUUCUCAUCAGUAAUAAUAAUAAUAGUAGUAAUUAUUAUUAUGAUUAUUAUUAGAAGAAGAAGAAGGUGUCAUGAAUUUUGUACUGAGAUGAAAGAAUGAAACACACGCAACAAAUCUUUUAGUCCAAUAAAGUAUGCCCUUUUUUAUCACGAUAAUAUUUUUACUACACACAAAACAUAACAUUUCCUGUUAUAAAAGUGCACAAAUUUCCUUUCAAAACGUCUUUUCUAUUAUUAUUAUUCUUUUUUAGUAAUAUAUAUUUUUUGUUGCUGCCAUUUGCAUCUCUGUUUAAGUGUGAAUCAUGCUUCUUGAAAUCAAGGAUUGUCCAAGUACACUUUAUGAAAUUUGUCACAAAAUCAAGUUUAUAUAUCAGACAUCUUUGAUUUGAAGACAUACCCAGUUUUAAAAGAAAUAUUAAGUAACUUACAUGGAGGACCACAAAUGGGGUGAUCAGAUAGCUGAAAAUAAUAAAAAACAUUGGUUAAAUAUAAUGAUAAGUAUAAAUGGAAGUCGUAAAUCUGCAGCAGAAACCUAUCAGUUCUACCUUAAUGGUUUUGAGAACUUCAUGCUAGUUUUAUUUCAAGUACUUUUGUAGGGAAGCUCAGGGUGCUCAAAUGUUUGUUUUAUGAUAAACCCAACAUCAAUGCCUCCUCUAUGCAAGUGACUUCACAUUAUUUAUAGACAGUGUAAAAUUUAUUUUUCUUCUCUGUAAUUUAAAAAUUCCUGUUGUAAAUAAAUUAGGGUAAUACUUCACAACCUCCCUCUUGUAAUAACACUGUCUGUGUAACAUUUUAGAUGAUAUAUGCUAUGUAAGAAUUACAAAAGAAAGAAAAAAUAUAUACAGUAUAUAUAUAAUAUACCA